AGGAAAGAACUGCACUCAGCGCUCGCCACCGCCCUGCCUCUCCUGGAGUCAUUCCGAUCUCCUCGCAGAGCACCCGGGAGCGAGAAGUGGUCCAGAGCCAGAGGGUGGAAAGAGAAAAUCAUUCUGGCUUUUCUAUCUUGCUUCUUUCCCCCUUCUGCUUCCCAGUUCUGUGCAAGCGAGUGUGUGAGCCAUGGAGCGAAGAGCCUGGAGUCUACAGUGUACUGCUUUCGCUCUCUUUUGCGCUUGGUGUGCAUUGAACAGUGUAAAAGCGAAGAGGCAGUUUGUGAACGAAUGGGCGGCGGAGAUCCCCGGGGGACCAGAGGCAGCCUCGGCCAUAGCCCAGGAGCUGGGCUAUGACCUUUUGGGUCAGAUCGGAUCACUCGAAAAUCAUUACUUAUUCAGACAUAAAAACCAUCCCCGAAGGUCUCGAAGGAGUGCCCUUCAUAUCACUAAGAGAUUAUCUGAUGAUGCCCGUGUGAUAUGGGCUGAACAACAGUAUGAAAAGGAGAGAACUAAGCGUUCAGUUCUAAGAGACUCAGCAGUAAAUCUCUUCAACGAUCCGAUGUGGAGUCAGCAGUGGUACUUGCAAGAUACUAGGAUGACUGCAUCCCUGCCCAAGCUGGAUCUCCAUGUGAUACCUGUCUGGCAAAAGGGCAUCACUGGCAAAGGAGUGGUUAUCACUGUACUGGAUGAUGGUUUGGAGUGGAAUCACACAGACAUCUAUGCCAAUUAUGAUCCAGAGGCUAGCUAUGAUUUCAAUGAUAACGACCAUGAUCCGUUUCCCCGAUAUGAUCCCACCAAUGAGAACAAACACGGGACCAGAUGUGCAGGAGAAAUUGCCAUGCAAGCAAAUAACAACAAGUGUGGGGUCGGAAUUGCAUUUAAUUCCCAAGUCGGAGGCAUAAGAAUGCUGGACGGCAUUGUGACCGACGCAAUUGAAGCCAGUUCAAUUGGAUUCAAUCCUGGACAUGUGGAUAUUUACAGUGCAAGCUGGGGCCCUAACGAUGAUGGGAAAACUGUGGAGGGGCCUGGCCGACUAGCCCAGAAGGCUUUUGAAUAUGGUGUGAAACAGGGGAGACAAGGAAAGGGUUCCAUCUUCGUCUGGGCUUCUGGGAAUGGGGGGCGUCAGGGAGACAACUGUGACUGUGAUGGGUACACAGACAGCAUCUACACCAUCUCCAUCAGCAGCGCCUCGCAGCAGGGCCUGUCCCCCUGGUACGCCGAGAAGUGCUCCUCCACGCUGGCCACCUCAUACAGCAGCGGGGAUUACACUGACCAGCGAAUCACGAGCGCUGACCUGCACAAUGACUGCACAGUGACCCACACGGGCACCUCGGCCUCGGCACCCCUGGCUGCUGGCAUCUUCGCUCUGGCCCUGGAAGCAAAUCCAAAUCUCACCUGGCGAGAUAUGCAGCACUUGGUUGUGUGGACCUCUGAAUACGACCCACUGGCCAAUAACCCUGGUUGGAAAAAAAAUGGCGCAGGCUUGAUGGUGAAUAGUCGAUUUGGAUUCGGGCUGCUCAAUGCCAAAGCUCUGGUGGACUUAGCUGACCCGAGAACCUGGGCCAGUGUGCCCGAGAAGAAGGAGUGUGUUGUAAAGGACAACGACUUUCAGCCCAGAGCCCUGAAAGCUAAUGGAGAAGUUAUCAUUGAAAUUCCAACAAGAGCGUGUGAAGGACAGGAAAAUGCUAUCAAGUCCCUGGAACAUGUACAGUUUGAAGCAACAAUUGAAUAUUCCCGAAGAGGAGACCUUCAUGUCACACUCACUUCUGCUGCUGGAACCAACACCGUUCUGUUGGCUGAAAGAGAGCGGGAUACAUCUCCUAAUGGCUUUAAAAAUUGGGACUUCAUGUCUGUUCACACGUGGGGAGAGAAUCCCAUAGGCACCUGGACUUUGCGAAUUACAGACAUGUCUGGAAGAAUACAAAACGAAGGAAGAAUUGUGAACUGGAAGCUGAUUUUGCACGGGACCUCUUCUCAGCCGGAGCACAUGAAACAGCCUCGUGUAUACACGUCCUACAACACUGUGCAGAACGACAGAAGAGGGGUGGAGAAGAUGGUGGACUCAGGGGAGGAACAGCCCACAGGAGAGAACCCCCUGACGGCAAAAAGCCUGAGCAGCGUGGGAAUCAGACGAGAUGAGCUGGCGGAGGGAGAUCCGUCCGAGGUCAUGCUGCGACUCCUACAAAGCGCUUUCAGCAAAAACUCACCGCCAAAGCGAUCACCAAAGAAGGCCCCAAGUGCAAGGCCCAGCAUCCUUUAUGAAAAUUUCUGCCUAGCCCCGGAAAAGCCGACUAACCCUUCCCACCUUAAAGUCGCUGAGGACAGUCAGUAUAGCGACUAUGUGGAUGCUUUCUACAGCACCAAACCUCACAAGCACCGAGACGACCUGCUGCUGCAAGCUCUCGUGGACAUUCUGAGGGAGGAAAACUAAAUCAGCCUGUGAUUCUGAGUUGGAAAUAUUCAUGCUUCUUCCUUACCCUCAGAUUUUGCCUGUGUCUGAAGUGGUUGUUUUUGUCAUUGAUUCUUACGCUUAUAAGAUCCUUUGUGAUACUUUUUCUCCUCAAACUUGAAAGGGGUGAGCUCAAACAGUAAAUCCCACCUCCUGAACGGAUCACAGCUCUUUCAGAACAUCUCUUCCCUGCGCAAGUACAGUGUUUGUUCUUUUCUAGAGCCACAGUUCCCACGUGGUCCUCAAACCACAUUAGAAUGCCUCCUUGGGCCCUCCCAUUUCAUGUCUCAAAAGGAAAGUCAUAACCUGGGCAAUAGACCUAAUUUGAAAAGUAAUCUGCAAAGAAUGGGAGGAAGGAAAUCUGUUCUGAUAGCUUGUCUUCUGUCUUUGCCCCAUGGCUCUUUGAAUUUUGUUGCCAGAGAAGGCUUUGGAAAGUCUCUGAUGAAAGAGUUCCCAAUUAGACCUCUACCCUAUCUUUUCUAUUCCAAAGUACUACUUAUUCAGGGAGUGACUAUCUGGUCAUUUGGGCGGAAAGCUGGGUUAUUUAGCUCCAUAA